AUGGUACUAGUUGUGAGUGCAGGCACAAGGCUCUUUCUUUGUGAUGUCGCCUUUGGAAAAGUUGGUUUGGUGAACCCGGUGCCGCUUGACUCUGCGAACACAGGCCCUUUCAAUGGUGGGCACUUCAGGUUGAAACUUGAGAGACAGACAUGUCGAAGCCGACACUCUUUCCAAUACGAUAACUACUUCUUGUGGUACACAGAAGAAACUGACUCCGAGACUUCAACAUGGACACGUGGCUACUCCUUCGUGCCGGUCCAGGACUACGAUUUUAUGGAUGCUUUGCCGUGUAAUCUGCAGGUUCAUGGCUACUUCGAGAGCCCCUUCACGCAGCGACUCUGGUGUGAGAAGCGCUCUCUCGAAGACCACGUUCGGAUUUUGGGAAAGCACUUUCUGCAGAAAACCUCCAGAGAAAUGGUUCAGAGGGAUAUCGACACUGCCGAACAGCUGCAGGCUUUACUGCUGCAGCAUUUCAGACUGUCCAUUUCCAAAGGCAUGUGUCAGCACAUGCUUGGGGUCGGAACAGCUGCAGCUUCGGAAGACAAGUGGAGUCGACUAGUUGCUGCACGAGCCGGUGCUGGCUCUGCCGAUAGUCCAGCCCGGAUUGUUCUUGGCAUUGCCUUCUCUUUAGCUGCGCUUGCUCUGGUUGGUUGGAUGAAGCGCUCACCAGCCAUGGCCGAUGCCAACGAAUUGCUGCCCUUGCACAAGAGGCUUCCGGCCGGUUGCAGCGAUGCCGAGCUACAGGAGACGCUGAGGUUUUCUUUGAAGCGCUGGCAAAGGCAGCCCCGUAUAGCGACAACAACUUUGCAAGAUGUGGCAUGGAAGGUGGAUCCUGGGCUGAGCCUGCGCAUUCUGAGCUGCAUGGCACAGAGCAGAUUCCCGCUGGACGUCUUUCACUGCAAUGCCGUGGCAACAUCCUUGGCGAAGCGUGGCUGUUGGCGCGAAUGCUGCGAUCUCUUAGACAGGAUGUCGACCUUUCGAGUCUUGCCAGAUGCCGUAAGCGCCACAGCGUCGCUGGUCGCGAUAGAGAAGCAGAGUGUGUGGCCGGCUGCUGUGCAACUGAUGUCUUCCUUGAGUCAGCACGAAGUGCAACCCGAUACGAUUGUUGCAAAUGCAGCGAUGCGGGCGGUACAAUCUGGCGGCGAAUGGCAGCAAGUUUUAAGUCUCUUCAGGGGCAGUGUGGAAGCCAGCAUGCUGCCGGACAAAGUCGGCUACAAUAUUGUAGUCUGCUCUUUCGAAGAGCAUCGCAUGUGGGAGCAGGCACUGGCCAUGUUACACGAAAUGCCUGCGGCUCUAGUGACGCCUGACGUGGCCAACUGGAAUGCUGCGAUGAAUGUCUGUUGCAAGGCUACUCAGUGGCAGCGGACAGUUGGAUUGCUGCACAGCAUCCCGCCCAAGUUACGUGCCAGUCGUACAAGUCACAAUGUGGCAAUCCAUGCGUGUGAGCUUGGGAGCCAGUGGGACGUUGCUUUACAGCUCUUGGCGGCAAUGACCGAUACCGACGAGGCUAGCUUCAGUUCCACACUGGCGGCCUGCGCCACCACAGGAAGCUGGCAGGCAGCUCUGGACAUCAUGGGUUACAUGGUCCGGAGUAGAAAGGAGCCUCGCGACUUCGACCGUGCAGCUGCAAUCCGAGCCUGUAGUGUGGGUCAGCGGGUUGACUUGUCCCUUGAGCUGCUAGAAGCCACGCUCCGCAGUCGAGCAGCACGCGGCAGACUCUGCUACGACGCCGCCAUGCAGGAAUGCAGUCGUUCGAAGCUUUGGCAGCAGUGCCUGCAGCUCUUACACGACAUGCCUCAUUAUAGUUUGUCCCCAACCUCAGCCAGCUAUGACACCGUCAUCAAUUCCUGUGAAAACAGCGGCAAGUGGCACCUUGCAUUGUGCUUGCUGGGCGUGAUGCCUGCCAGAGCUGUUAUGCCUGACCUUUGGAACUUCUACAGUGCUGUGGGAGUUUGUGCUCAUGCAGGGCAGUGGCAAGCUGUGCUCCGCCUUCUGCUGGUGCUGCCUCCGGAUGCACGACCUGAUGCUGGCAUUUUCAAGCAUGCGAUUCUCGGGUGCGAUGAUGCUUGCAAGUGGGAAGCCGCUCUGGCCCUGCUCGGCAACAUGCCAGCGGCGAAGGUCGUUCCUGACGGAGGUUGUUUUGAUGCAGCGAUCGGUGCAUGUGCUCGAGUCGGGCAGUGGCUUCUAGCAUUGAGUGUCUUCGAAGAGGCCAUGUUUGUUGGCAAGGCGACGGCAAGCUCUUUAAACUUCAUGCUGACGGCAUGCCGCACUGGCGGAGAGUGGGAGCUGGCACUGCAGCUGUUCCGGCAGCUGUCCUUCGAGCCGGAUUUGGACUGCUUCCGUGCAGUGGCGAGUUCCUGUCAACUUCAAGCAGCAUGGCGGGAAAGCCUGGCGUUUCUCGAGGAGAUGCCAAGGCGAAGACUUGGACCAGACUUUGUGAGCACUGCAACAGUCGGCGACGCCUGCGAGAGGGCCGGCGAGUGGCAGAUCGGCCUCGGCUUGUUGGUGCAGUUCCUGCACAGCGGCGAGGCCCAGGAUGUGCUUGCGCCCUGUCUGGCGCAAGCCAUGAGCACCUGCUGCUUGGGUUUCUGCUGGCAGGGUGCCAUAUCCCUUCUGCUUCGCUGCGACACGCAGGACAUCCAGGAUUGGAACUUCGUCAUGACGACCUGUCGGCGUUCGGAGCAGUGGCAGGCAACCUUGGCCCUUUUCCGAGCUCUCCUGGACCAGCGUCUUCAGCCCGAUGGGACUGAGGGCAAGAAGGGAAAGCAGUUAGGGGAGAGGGCUGCAUGCACCUCGAGACCGGAUUGCAGUUGA